UAGGUUGUGGCGGGGGUGCGAACCGAGGCACUCGCGCCAUGAGCGAGGCGGACGGGCUUCGGCAGCGCCGGCCGCUGCGGCCGCAGGUCGUCACGGAAGAUGGCCAGGCCCUCGAGGCCAAGGACGGCAGCUCCUUUAGUGGCCGUGUGUUCCGAGUGACCUUCUUGAUGCUGGCUGUCUCCCUCAUAGUUCCCCUGUUUGGAGCCAUGCUGCUGCUGGAUUCUCCCAUAGACCCACAGCCUCUCAGCUUCAAAGAACCCCCUCUCUUGCUUGGUGUUCUGCAACCAAAUACGAAGUUACGACAGGCGGAAAGGCUAUUUGAAAAUCAACUUAUUGGGCCAGAGUCCAUAGCAAAUAUUGGGGAUGUGAUGUUUACUGGUACAGCAGAUGGCCGGAUCCUAAAACUUGAAAAUGGUGAAGUAGAGACCAUUGCUCAGUUUGGUUCAGGCCCAUGCAAAACCCGAGAUGAUGAGCCUACUUGUGGGAGGCCCCUGGGCAUCCGGGCAGGACCCAAUGGAACCCUUUUUGUGGCUGAUGCGUAUAAGGGACUAUUUGAAGUAAAUCCAUGGAAACGUGAAGUGAAGCUGCUGCUUUCCUCUGAGACACCAGUAGAGGGAAGAAAAAUGUCCUUUGUGAAUGAUCUUACAGUAACUCAGGAUGGGAGGAAGAUUUAUUUUACAGAUUCUAGCAGCAAAUGGCAGAGACGAGAUUAUCUGCUGCUGGUUAUGGAGGGAACAGAUGAUGGGCGCCUGCUAGAGUACGACACCGAGACCCAGGAAGUGAAGGUUUUACUGGACCAGUUGCGGUUCCCCAACGGAGUACAGCUUUCUGCUGCAGAGGAUUUUGUCCUGGUGGCUGAGACGACAAUGGCAAGGAUAAGAAGAUUCUACGUGUCUGGCCUGAUGAAGGGAGGGGCUGAUCUGUUCGUGGAGAAUCUGCCUGGAUUUCCAGACAACAUCCGACCUAGCAGCUCUGGCGGGUACUGGGUCAGCAUGGGGACCAUUCGCUCCAACCCUGGGUUUUCUAUGUUGGAUUUCUUAUCUGAGAGACCCUAUAUUAAAAGAAUGAUUUUUAAGCUGUUUAGUCAGGAGACCGUGAUGAAGUUUGUGCCGCGGUACAGCCUUGUUCUAGAACUCAGUGACAGCGGGGCAUUCCGGAGAAGCUUGCACGAUCCCGAUGGGCAGGUGGCCUCCUACAUCAGUGAAGUGCACGAGCAUGAUGGGCACCUAUACUUGGGCUCCUUCAGGGCCCCCUUCCUCUGCAGACUCAGCCUCCACUCUGUUUAGCCAGCCUCACUAUGGCUGUGCCAGGAAUCCUCACACUGGGCACCACUCCUGGUCCAGAAGGUACCAUGUACACAGCCCUUUCCACCUGUACUUGCCGGUCCUUAGAAGUGGACAGUGAGACCCUGUGGAUAUCUGAGCCCCUGUGGGAUACCCCUUCUCCGGGUUUGACAUUGCAUUUAGAGGCAAGCAUAACUUGCCAUAGGGAGGAUAAGUCCAUGUUAAACCAUUUUCUCUUAAAAAAAAAAAAAAAAAAAACCUUUCUAAGUACAGUGAUUCUCUAGGACUUAGGAGACUUCAUUCAUUUAUAACAGGCCUCAGGGUUUGGUUGAUAGAGCAGUAGAUGAGCUGUCUAGAGAUCUUGUUUUUGCUGCUGGCUGUCCUGCCACCCUCAGUAUCUUUACUAUAAAAUAGGUAUGGGGUAAUACCUAUCCUUGGGGGAGGGUCAUGGGAAGGGCAAGGAGAGCUUAGUGCAAACACGUGUUGAAGCCAGUGGGCAGAGCUGUGUAAGCAAAGACCUUAGAGCCAUAUUCUAACUCUAGAUGUAGAGUUGUGUGGGACUUGGGACUUUGAUCCUGGGUGUUUCCUUCCAUAGCUCAUACCUUCCAGCCUGCUCUGGUUCAGCCCCACUCUGAACCAGGGGCUUUUCAAGAGUCCUGAGUUCCCAUAACCAUUUAAAGGCAAGAACCUGAGUAAAUGUAUAGAAGCAGCAGCUCAGGACUCCCUGAGCUCUUCUCUGUGAACAACCUGCCACAUUUAUGGAAUGAUCCAGCAGCUGGGUACUGUAGGGGAGAAUUUAGGAAGGUCCUGUUUACACACCUUUGUUCCUCACCUCUAGACCCACAGAUGAAUUGUGCACAUGCUAGUGUCAUUUGGUAUAGAGUCACAAACCUGAAGUUGCUGUAUAGUCUGACAGGUAUGCCUACACACCAGUCCUAAUUUUGUCAGGGGAACCCAUGUAAUAAUGAUAAUUAAAUUGACUUUUCAGAUGAUUAAUCUUUUUUGAUGGUGUUGCCUGGAAGUUUUUCCUUUAAUAUAAUUGUGUUAACAGGGACUGGAAUUUGAUUCCAUUGAGGGCUAAUAAGAGGAUCAUUUUGGCUAGGACCUUGUUUAGGGAUAAGCAGUCCAUCUGGCUGGCUCAGGCCCUCUACCCCACCCCCCAACAGGGCAGCCACCUCCAGUCAUUGCCUCCUGGCAGUGGUUUAUUCUUGGGCUAGUUGAUGUUAUACUGUGUUCCUGUUUCCAGCCUACAAAAUGGGCCUAAUGUCUGUUCCUUUCUGUCCUGUUUGUGAGAAUCCAUAAAAGAUAGUGUCUCUGGAAUUGUUUUUAGUAACUUAACAAAGGAAAUAUUUUCAACAGGUAAUGAUAUUAAAAUCCAAAGAGGACUGAUAGCUGUGGUAAAAUCUGAACAAUCUGUGUGGUGUUGCACUGGCUGGCACUAACCCCUUCAUUCCCUUUCCUGAUAGUGGCCACCCCUCUCCUGUGUGCUGGACUGGGGAAAGAGGCAGCAUCUGGUGGUUGGCUCAUCUUGUGUUGCCUGCUCAGGGAUGGCUUUAUGCGCAGCAGUAGUAGCACAGGGUCAGAGAUUGGCUUCAGUCCAAUUGAUGCAACCCAGAAUGUACUAGGUGAAUGACUUAAUGUUAUUUGUAUUACUUUAUGGAAAGAAAAUUGAGUAGUGAUUAUUAAAUAUUCAUUAGAUAAUGGGGUAUCUCAUAUAUCAGCUGUACAGGAAUGAGCUAAAGCCUAAUCAUUUUGCUUUUAAAUAUCUAAUAUUUAAAUUUUAAAUAUUUAAAUAAUAGCUUUUAAAAGCAAUUUAAAUAUGAGGAGCAUAUAUAAGUUGACUUCUUGAUUGAGAACAGAGGGAUUUGCUUUUAGCAAUGCAAAGAAGCUGUUAAAUUGCUUUUCAGGGUUUUCAGCAAAGGAGUCUUGAUUUUGACUCAGAUUUUUAUUUUCUGUCACAAAGUGUCAUUUCCUGUGUUUUAUCUUGUAAUUUGCCAUGGUGAGGUACAAAAUACAGCCUUGUUAGUUUUAAUAUGUGGUAUGUUUUUGUUGUAAUCAUGAAGUAGAUUUGCUCUAAUGUGAAUUACUAACAUGCUCUAAAAAUUAAAUUAAGUGAUUCAUUCA